UUAGACAAAUGUUAAAACCUUUCAAAAUCUAAUUUUAAAUGAUAUCUUUAUACUAAAACUUGUUUUUUGGCAUUUGCCAAAAAACUUUCUGUUUGUAAACAGAGAGGUACUAGAAUUUAUUAGAUUUAUUUGAUAUGUUAUGAGUCACUUGGGGAGUGUUAUCAAAUGAGAAAAGGGCCUUACAAUAUUUUGGGACCUCAAGAAGAGAAGAAUUCACUCAGAUCUGUAAGUACUAUAGAUAAAAUCUGGUGACAAGUUCUCAGGUUGGCUUCGUAGCUUUGAGAGACUUUUAUCAAUUCAUUCUGAGAUUUCUUAUGAAAACAUUCAGCAAAGUAAACUCAAGGGGCCUAUAUGACAAACUAUGGAGCCCUGGUGGCAUGGUGGUUAAGUGCUUGGCUGCUAACUGAAAUUUUGGCAGUUGGAAUUGACCAGUCUUUCUUUGAGAGAAAGUUGUGACAGGCUGCUUCCAUAAGCAUUACUGCCUUGGAAACCCUAUUGGGCAGUUCUACUCUGUUCUAUAGGGUUGCUGAGAAUUGGAAGUGACUGAAUGGCAUUAGGUUUUUGUCUUUAUAUGAUAAGUUAUCAUUCUUGCUGCACCUGUGUAAAUAUUUAUGCCCGACUUUAUGGUUAUGAAUUGAGUUGAGUCUAGUCUGGAAGGAGCUUGAGUAACACAACUGAUCUGUAUCUGCUGCUAAACAAAAGGUUGACAGUUAAAACCCACCCAGUGGCAUUACACAGCAAAAGUCCAGGUGAUUUGCUUCCUUAAACAUUAUAGCAAAGAAAACCCUAUGGAACAGUUCUACUCUGUAACACACAGGGUUGCUAAGAGUCAGGGGUUGACUGGACAACAGCUGAGAACAACAACAUUUAGUCUGGACUGUGGUCUGGAAGGUAAGCCCCAUAUGCCUAUUUUGUGUCCAGUGUUGUAUUUAGAAACAGUCAUGGUACACAUCCCCGUCUCUGAACUUACUUUAUUUAAAAAAAAAAAAAAAAUAGGAGCUUCAAAUAUCUCCAUUCCCAGUAUAUUUCAGGGCAGUUGUGUGGAAUAUGGAAUGUUGAGGCUAGUGUGAUCCAGAGUCAGUAACUCACAUGAUUUUCCCAUUUUAAAGCUAGUUCAAAGGAGACAGAAAAAAGUCAUGAAAGAACAAUGCUCUCUAGGCUGACCAUGGAGGAGGACAGAGCCAGAGAUGUUGGGGGAGGUGGGGGCCAGGGCUCCUCUCUGGCAAGGGAAGUAUACCCUCUACCUGGGCUCUCAUUGGCUGUUCCUACCAGCCUGUGUUUAUAAAGCAGCAAAUGUCAGUGUGUGGGACACCUACAGGCUCUAUUCAGCCUUCUGCUUCCCCCUGGUGCAAGAACCUGAGAUGGGUAAGCACUUCCUGCUGCUGCUGCUAGGCUUCUCCAUGUCAAUAGGCUUUCUCCAAGCCCUAUUCUGCUACAGGUGUGAUCUUCUCAAUGCUUUCGGAGUUUGCUUGUCUGGGAGAGGCUACUGUGUGGCCAGCCAGCAAGAGGAUUGCAUUCUGAAGGAGUACUAUCAAGCUGGUAGGCUCGUGUUUGGAUACCAGAAUUGUCGGUACAUAUGCAACAACAUGACCUUUUUCCGAGGAACUUUUCAAAUGGAUGUUAAAUGCUGCAGACACCACGAUUUCUGUAACCGGUUUCGGAGUCCUAUACAUUGAUCCUGAGCCUUGGUCCUCGAGUUAGCCCUUCUCUUUUCUCAUGUACAAGCCUGAUUUAGAAAAUGAUAUUGGAAUUGUUAUUGCCUCUCCUUGAGCAAGGAGAAUGUGACCCAGCUGCAGCUUGGCCCACGAAGACUCACAAGGACACAUCAACUGGGCCCUGAGAUGAAGAUAAUAGAUGGGACGAUCUUAGAAAUUAUCUUUUAGGGAAGAAAAAUAUUUUUAGGGAACUUUUCACAUAAAGCCAAUCAAACAGAACACAAAAGACUUUCCACUCCUAUCUUUUUCUAUUAACAUUUAGUGAAUAGAAAUUAGACCAAUAAAGACCCUCUUGACUGUCGGGUUACUGAAACCUAUACCAAUGAUUGUUAAAAAAGGGAAUUCAAAAUAUAAGACCACAAUGUCUAGCCAAUCUGUGAAAAGGUGAACCUUCCACCCAUUUUUAUGAUGUUAAUAUACACUGAUGAUUCUGUAACCUCCCUCAGAUUCGAGCAGACAUUAGCUCUGGCAACGUGCUUAUCCGCUUCCCACUUUUGUCUGUUUGAAUAUAUUCUGAAUAAAACUCUCUUUUUGCUUUACAAAACUUUGUGAUGUUUUUCCCCUACAACAAACCCCAAAGGACUCAGAUUUCUUUCCCCCACAUCAUUCAAGCAUUUAAACCUGCUCCUACCUAGCUACGAAAGUGUACAAGAUUUAACAGCUCAACCCCUGUGAUAGGUGGUUUCUCCCUCUCACCACCUGUGGUGCUCUGUCUUUUCUUAGAUUCUAGUCUCCUUACCUUGCUUUGUUCCUCCCUUCU